AUGCCUUUACCCAGUGUGACCCCUGCUGAGCCAGCAGUGGAGAGCCAGCCAGAGGCCCAAGAAGGCAUUCUGGAUGCUGCCAAAUCAGAGAGAGCAGAGGGAGCAGAGGGAGCUGAGGGAGCAGAAGGAGCAGAGGGAGUAAAGGAGGCCUUGUGGCCCACACGCCAGGAUUUGCCUCCUGUGGGCGCCACAGCACCCCCAUCUGGCAAGGGGGACCAGUCCUCCAGUGGGGAGGUGGGAACUCAGGAAUGUCUGGCAUCCGAGCCUCCUCAGGGGGAAGAGGGGAAGGCAGAAGAAAAGGCAGAAGUAGAGUCAGAGGAAAAGGCAGAAGAGGAGUCUGACGAGGAAGAGCACCUCCUUCCUCUCUCGGAGAUGAUCCCAUACAUCUGCUGUUCUAUUUGCAAAGGCUAUUUAAUAGAUGCUGCAACCAUUACAGAGUGUCUUCAUACCUUCUGUAAAAGCUGCAUCGUAAAACAUUUUGAACAAAGCAACAGAUGUCCAAAGUGCGACAUUGUGGUGCACGAGGCCAAACCUCAUAAUAACUUGAGGAUGGAUCCACAGUUACAAAACAUAGUAUACAAAUUAGUGCCGGGUCUAGAAGAAAAAGAAAGAAAGAAGAGGCGUGAAUUCUAUAAAGAAAAUUGUCUGGGACCACCAAAACCUGCUGCUGUUCCACAGCCACGCCCUUCAAGUGAAGAGAACACUAAGGAAGUUCUGGAAUAG